AUGACAACCUCAGUGUCCUCCGAGUCAGCUCCUAGCACAUUAAUAUCCAAUGUAGAGCUCGAUAAACAGGCUCCGCCUGCAUUUGGGCACGCUAUGCAUAAGCUAUUCGAGUUUGACCCAUCUUACGUGAACUUUAACCAUGGUUCGUAUGGUUCAUUACCCAUGCCAGUCAGAGUCGCAUGCGAUAAACUCAGCGCCCACAUCGAAGCUAACCCAGACAAAUUCUUGCGCAUCGAGCGCAUUCACCACUGGAUCGAGGCUCGUACUCGAGUGGCCAAGCUCAUUGGGGCAGAUACCGACGAGUGCGUUUUGGUGAAUAAUACAUUACAUGGCAUAAACACGGUACUCCGCAACUUUGAGUGGCAUGAAGGGGAUAUCAUCAUUGGGACGACCACAACUUAUAAUGCCGUGUCCCGAGCGAUUAGAUAUCUAGGAGAUAUCCCACCAUACCCAGAAGUAUCCACAUUCAAUCUUCAGUUCCCUACCACACACGCAAAUAUACUGAAAAACUGGCGAGAACAUAUUCGCCGAGUGACUUCGGAAAAGAGCGACCUCCAACAGACUCGCAAGGUUGUCGCCAUAAUAGACGCCAUCGUGGCCAACCCCGGUGUGCGUCUUCCUUGGAAAGAAAUGGUGGCCAUUUGCAGGGAUGCAGGUGUUUGGUCAGUGGUAGAUGCCGCGCAUUCAAUUGGCCAGGAAUUAGAUAUCAACUUGUCAGAGGCGAAACCUGACUUUUGGAUCUCGACUUGUCACAAAUGGCUCUUUGCAAAGAGAAGUUGUGCAGUCCUUUAUGUGCCAAAACGAAACCAACAUGUCAUCAAAGCUCCUAUACCUACUCCACGCAAUUAUUGCUCACCUCAAGACGAGUUUUAUAAUGGUUCACAAAGUUUUGAAAAUCUUUUUGAAUGGACGGGGACCAUAGAUUAUGUUCCAUUCCUGAGCGUGAGUGCAGCCUUGGAUUUCAGACAGUGGCUCGGCGGCGAGAACAAGAUCAACGCAUAUACCCACAAUCUCGCAAUCGCAGGUGGAAAGUAUCUGGCAAGUCUCCUAGGAACCAACGUUAUGGAUCCCGAUGGUGACUUGACUCUGAACAUGGUCAACGUGGAACUGCCGAUUCCUGGCGACAUUAAAUUUUCGAGUGAAAUUCACAAAUUGCUGAUGACUACGUUGUUACUUGAUUGGAACGUGUGUGCUGUUCAAUAUUACCACAAUGGAAAAUGGUGGACAAGGUGUAGCGUGCAGAUAUGGAACGAGAUUUCAGACUUCGAAGUUCUCGCCGAUGCUCUGAAGGAUGCAUGUCAGAAAGCAGUGAAGUUUGCAAAGCAGUAG